CUCGGACCAUGUCUCUGGGAGUGGCCCACAGCGUGGCCGACCUGGAAGCCCUGCUGCGGGGCGCCGAGGCCAUCCACGUCGUGGACCAGCAGAUCGUCAUCAUUUCCACCCCGGACCCGCUGCCCGCGCCCCGCAGCGAGCCCGAGCCCGCGGAGCUGCUCCUCUUCGCCACCCCGGAGGCCGCCGCCGCCACCAACACCACGGCGGCGGCGGCGCAGAGGCCUACUCCGUCUGCUGCUGCCCUGGAGCGGCCGCCGGUAAAACGGAAGCUAAAUUUGGAGACCGACCACCAGUACAUCGCAGAGAGCUUUCAGGGAAACCGAGGAAGAGCAAGAAAUGCUGUCAAAGGGGUGAAGUCUCCUGGAGAGAAAUCCCGUUAUGAAACCUCUUUGAAUCUGACCACCAAGCGUUUUCUGGAGCUGCUGAGCCAAUCUCCUGAUGGUGUUGUGGAUCUCAACUGGGCCGCAGACGUACUGAAGGUGCAGAAGAGGCGGAUCUAUGACAUCACAAACGUUCUGGAGGGAAUCCAGCUGAUCACCAAGAAAUCCAAGAACCAUAUCCAAUGGUUGGGUAGCAGGUCUACAGUGGGAGGCCCCAGCAAUUGUCAUGGGUUGAUGAAGGAGCUCCAGGAUCUUCAGGAUGCAGAACAGCAGCUGGACACCCUCAUUCAGAUGUGUACAACUCAGUUCAAGCUCCUCACGGAGGACCUGGAGAACAAGCAUUCAGCUUAUGUGACUUGCCAAGACUUACGCAGCGUUGUAGAUCCAUCUGAGCAGUUGGUGAUGGUGAUCAAAGCCCCUCCAGAGACACAGAUGCAAGUCUCUGAUCCAGCAGAGGCUUUCCAAAUUGCUGUGAAAAGCACUCAGGGACCCAUUGAUGUGUUCCUGUGCCCGGAAGAAAGCUCUGAGGUAUGCAGUCCCACCAAGAGUCCACAGAAAGUGGCUGUUGGGCAACGUACUCCCGAGUCUUCACAAGCAGCAGCUGUAGUCACCACUGCAGCCACACCUGUGCUUCUGCAUCCUUCCCAGGAAAUGAACUUGCCACUGCUGAGUGGAGACCAAGAGCCCUUGUUGUCUGGUGAAAAUACGCUGCCUCUGAAGUGCCCUGGAGACGAUGUAAGCCUUUCACCGCUGGCCUCUGUGGACACCCUGCUCCAGCAGGGCAAAGAUGACUUCUCAAGCUUCCUGCCUGCGGAAUUCAUCGCACUUUCACCCCCACAGACCCAGGACUAUCAUUUUGGGCUCGAGGAGGGGGAAGGCAUCAGCGAACUCUUUGACUGUGACUUUGGAGACUUCACCUCCUUGGAUUUCUGAACAUCCUCUGGUGGUUGGGGAUGGAAAGCCACUCAACUGAUCCCGCUCCACCAAGGCAGGGAGCUGACCUCUGAAUGUAACCUCAAGGCCAGCUGUGGCCUCCAGGGCCAGCAUCCUGUGGGUUCCAGGGGAGGAGAGGGUAGGCUGAGAGAGGGGCAGUAGUGGGCAGGGGUGGGAUUCAAUUCUUGGAGGUGGCCACCCAUUGUGGGUCACCUCGCCAUGACUGAGGAAGGUGGCUGGAAAGUUGAUUGCUGCUCUGAACGUUGCAGGCCUCAUUCUGUGACUUUUUAGAUAGCAUUAGGCAGACAUUACCUCGUGCCUAUUGUCCCCAGCCCCCUAAGUGGUAGUGGCUAGGAGUCAGUGGGUAGAUUUGCCUUAAAUCUCUGGUGCCAUGUUUUGAUUCUAUAGGGAUAGUCCUCGCAGUGCUGUUGCCACACCAACAACUGACUCAUUUGGGCUGAACCAUUCUUUCCUCCUGAAUUCUCAAUUUCAAUCCCACUGAGUGACAGGCAGGUUGCUUUUUGUCAGGUGGUUCUCUCUCCUACCUGUGUGCAAUUUCCCUUUAUGCCUUAGAAAACAUGAUGAGCUCUUUUGGAGAAUCAAGACAAUUUGCCACCCUUUCAGCAAAAUUUCCUUCAAGAUGUGAGGCAGCUCAGAAUUGUCCUUUGAAGCAGGUUGGGACCAUUUGUCAGAUAGCUAUGAGGGAAAGACAAACGGAUGGUACUUGUAGUAACAGUCAGCAAUAAUCCGACACCCCCUCGUCCUGCACUCUUGGCUUUUUUGAUUGGCUGGUGAUGAAGCGUGAUGAAAAGUUCAGGGAUAAACAAACAUAUUUUUUUUUGCAGGGAAGAUGUGAAACUGAGAUUUGUAACAGUAGUAAAAUAAUGGCCAUGUUGAGGAAAGGAAGCCAAGUAUGUGAAAUGGUAUUGUGGCAUCAAGGGAACCUUUCAUUAAAACAAGCUGCUGAGGCUACUGAAAAGAACUGCAUAAUUCAGACAUCCCAGAAAAAUGAAGUCUUCUUUUUUCUUGUUAUUUUUUUUAAAAGAAUCGAAUUGAAAGGGAGGGGGUGUUGAGCUUUUUUGUAUACAAGUCAUACAAAAUGAUGAGGUGAGUUGUUGUUUCUGGAUAUUAGUGCCGAUCUCAUUCUUAAAAGUCCUUCUGGUAAAGCUUUAAAGAGAGUCUUGUAUGAAAUAUUUAUUUAUUUUUUGGGCUUUUGCUUUUCUGUUUCCGCUUCUUGGAAUGCCCCCGAUCCUCCCUAAUCCUUAGUGGAAUAUGUACAUGUCUGAGGGGUGGAUUGGAUUUUUAUUUUUUGUUAGAGACAUAUUUGGCUCGGUGGCCAGUGGACUCAGUCAUCCGUAUUUCUGAGCAGAAGGCCAACAAGGCAAAUGAGACAACCCUUUGGGUAGGAAGCAAGGUUAAUUUGCUUUUAUCAGGAGAGAGGCAGUGUGGCUAGAUAGUUCUUAAUAGCAGCAAGGGACUCUCUCUCCCAGAAAAUGCUGUCAGCCAAGAAGUGAUGCAAAUGUCUUGUGUUCAGAGUCUAUCUGACUUUUCACCUGUGAAGCAAGGAAGAAAAUACUGACUCCUAUCUCCAUACUACCACCUCCUAUACAAAGCUCUUGGGGGAAAGGAAGAAGGGGGAUGUCCAAAUGUCAAUUCAUAUUAAUUUAUUUAUUUAUGUGGCUCCAUCCUGUACUUCUGGAAGGUAAGGAAAGUGUCAGAGAAAGAGUUGGCAUGAACUUGGACUCUACAUGUCCGAGUAUGUGGAAAGAGGCCAUACUGUGUCCUGUUAGAAUAGCUAAUUUAGCAAUUGAGAAUGCUGAAAAAAAAGGUUUGGGGAGGAGGAAAGAGUUAGCCUGCGUGUGCUGUAGAUGUUCUGUUAGGAUCAGGUGACAAAAGUCUGCUGAGUUUCCCAUCCAUAUGAUGGAGUGUGACUGGUCAAGAUUGCUAUAUUGAAAUACUAUUUAUUAGUAGAAAGUGGACCUCAGGUUCAUCUGGUAGAGAAAUAUUUGGAAAUGUUGAGGGUGGAGGCUGAGAGAAGUAGAAAAAGAGAGAACGAGACUAGGCUAGUGAAUGUGAGGAAGAAAUGGCUCUCUUUUUGACUUAUCUAUUCUGAUAAGUAGCUUUAGUUGUCAAAACGUAAAUGUUAUCAGCUUGAUUAAGAGCUGUACCUAGCUAGAGCUUGAAAAUGUUUCUUUUUGACUAGAACUCCUUGAAUUCCCUAGCCAUAUUUAUGGAUACAAAAAAAAUGUUUCCAAGCUCGGUACCUAGCCUACAACAAGGUAGUGAUCGGUCUGUCCCUUAGGUGCCUUCCUGUUUCAAUAAGUACUAUGUAUUUCAAUUAACUGGAACUCACCAAAGCAUGCUCCUCCUUGACAGGGGCUUCUCUUGCUUUACAUAAUGGCAGCUGUAAUGGUGUGUGUGUGUUUUGUUUGCGUGUUUGUGUAUGCUAAAAGAGGAGCUUUGGGGCCCAAGAAGUUGGUGUCUGUAGAACGUAUAUACAGCACCAGUAGGUUCAUGGAUCAUCUUUAUCCAUUUGGCCUUGAUGUAUAAGGAAAAUAAAUCAUUUGGGCUUGUGAGAAUAAUGACUCUCCUUGCCACAUCUUGUGGCAUCUGGUUUUGGGGUACUGUACUGGAAUUUAUUUUUAUUUUUCAGGAUGAGGGGAAACAUAGGAAUGAAUCUUCUUUCUAACUGGGUCUUCUCUGGCUGUCAAAUACAGCAUUAGUUCUUGGUCAAACCUAAUCAGACAACAGAGAGUUAUAUAUAAAGGUAUCUCCUACACAACUUUAGCAGCCUCUCCAGAUUUGAGAAUCCUUUAACAUAAAUCUGGAGCAAUUAAAAAUUAAGAAUAUUCUUCUUUUAGUCUAGGCUUUGUAGUAAUUCCAUAAGGAGGGGCUGGCUAAGUCUACCAUCUUAAGGACUUAGUAACUUUAACUAAGACUGUCUUGAAACAAUCAUUAAUGGCUAUAAGAAUAUAUAGUCCAAGAACCACUACUGUAGAAUGGGUGCCAUUACAUUUUUACUUUUGAUGGGCCUUACUUUCCUCUUUCAUAUAGUAGAGAGUGAAGGAUCUUGGUCAUGCUCAUAAGAUCUACUUUCCUCUUAGUUCAUGUCCACAUUUUUUUUUGGUAUUUCUUGAUAUUCUUUCCUUUGUAAUGUGUUCUAGGGAAUUGCUUUUGGAAAACCUAUGGCCCUUCAGAUGUUCAGCUGCCAUCCCCAGACCAGUUUGGUUAGAGCUAAGGGGAAUUGCAGUCAAAUUUCAGAGGACCAUAGGUUCCCCAACCCUGCCCUGAAUGCUCUCUAUUUCAAUGUGAUGAGCAGCAAACUAUUGUUUUCUCUGACUUCUUAGAGCCAUGAUGGUUGUUGACUUUCCUUGUAGUUUUAGUUUUCACUAUGUCAUCAAAAAGCUGCUUCAUUUUUCAGCCUUGCAUUUGAGGCCUGUCUGGUAAUUGUUUUUCAGGUGACUUGUUUCAUCUCUUUCUCUCACCUUGCCUCCAUAAAAAAGGUUACCUGUGGCAGAAUGAUCAAAGACUGUUGGCUUUUUAAAAAGGUGACUUUUAUUCCAUGUGAGUUAUAGUCGCAUGUGUUUUGCCCUAACAGCAGUGAGCUGGAAGGUUCUUGCUUCCAGCAUACGUGAUCAGCCCCAUGAGUAAUAACAUCCAACUUAUUAUUCUGAGAGGGGUAAAAUAUAGGAACACAAAACACUCACUUGGGCUAAAAGUGUUGUCAAGCGGUACAUUACAUGGAGAUGAGCUUGUAACUUUGGUUUUGCAUUGUAGAAGAGUCUAAAACUCAGAAAUGUGCAUACGUGUAACCUUACUUUUUUUUCCUGUUGGAACAGAGGUCUGCAGGAGAAAAGGAACUUUCAAGCAGUUAUUUGCAGAGUGGGUGAUCCAGCCACUUACUUUACUGGAUAAAAUAGGGGAUGAGAAGGAGAUAUGCCCAUUAUGCAUCAGGGAACUUUCAAGAGAAUAAUCCCAGGUAUGACAUUCCAGGCAUGGAAACCGACAGACAGCUGCAGAACGUUCUAUUGAUAACAACUCAAGAACCAGGGGUGGGUUUAUUGGUUUUCCCACUCAAAUUUAAGCACUUAAUGUGGCCCACGAUACUAAUAAUAAUGCUGAGGAGCCCUGAAAGCAAUGAAGUAAAGCUCAGAUUGUGCGUGUUUUGCCUCCUUCUGGCAGGCCUCUAGUACUACUGCCAGUGAGAAGCAUAGGCCAAUCCACGUGGAUGUUGGCUUUUGUCCCAUGAUUUUAUUAAAAUUGAAAGCACAGUAGAGGAAAUCAUGCCUUCAGCCCUAGCAAGAGAAGUAACAGGUUUUAGAAGUAAAGCAUUUGAGGAAAGCAAUGGUAAUUCUCUUUGGUUGGAUAAGGGAUGCUGGGAUACUGUGAUGGUUCUGAAAGGAUUGCACCUUUUUUUGGCAGGUGCCCAGACAGGAGAUCUGGGAACUUCAGUGGCCAAGCAGCUAAAUGCAUUGCAGAAACGACAGCAAAUUCCAGUGCCUCAUACUGAGGGGAAUGCACUUCUGUGUGUGCCUUUUUUAUAAUAACAAGCCUUGUUCAUGAUUUGUGCUUUUAGUUUUAAUAAACAUUUCUACUUCAUUUCA